AUGCCUGAUGCACCGAAACCCGCUCCCAAGAAGGGCGCCAAGAAAGCUCUGUCCAAACCGGCGAGCAAGACUGGCAAGAAGCGCAAGAGGUCGAGGAAGGAGACUUACGCCAUCUACAUCUACAAAGUGAUGAAGCAGGUUCACCCCGACACCGGCAUCUCCUCCAAGGCCAUGAGCAUCAUGAAUUCAUUCGUGAACGAUAUCUUCGAGCGCAUCGCGGGUGAGGCUUCCCGCCUGGCUCACUACAACAAGCGGUCCACCAUCAGCUCCUGGGAGAUCCAGACCGCCGUGCGCCUGCUGCUGCUCGGGGAGCUGGCCAAGCACGCCGUGUCCGAAGGGACAAAGGCGGUGACCAAGUACACCAGCUCCAAGUGAAGUCAAGUUUACUGACAAAACAAACGGGAAAAUCAAAAGCUCUUUUAAGAGCCACUCACGGUUUCAUUAAAAGAGUUA